AUCUAGCUGUCUGCUGCAUGUAGCUUGGUGUGUCUAGCCUAUAGUUUCAUCUAGCUGAAAAUGCCUCGCAAAACUCAAAAAAAAAGAGAAGAAGAGGAAGAUGUCACACACGAAGAAAAUGAAUGAUGGAGAGUUGCCAGAAAAAAUAACAACUUCAGAGAGGAAGAAGAAGUGUGGUGACAGCCAAAUUUGUAAUGCUGGUCCCACAUGUAAGGAUCCGCGUCGGGAGCUAGGGGGUUUCUACAUCAUUAGUGGCCCACAACUUGAAGCUGCUUUGCAAAAGGCUCACGUGUGUCUGGGAGAUGACCUGCGAGUGCUCUCGUCUGUAGAGCCAGUGGCAACACCUGACAUGGUGGACGUGGAGCCAAGUGAAGAGGGGAGAGGGCAGUAUGAUGACCUCCGAGAACUGAUAGAUAGAGAUGAUGUUCAGGAAACCCAAGAGCUGCAGACUGUGCAGAGUGAAAGCUCCAACCAACCUGAUACAAAUGAAGUUCAGGUUCGUCCACUAGGAUACAUAAAGGACCCAUCAACUAGAAGAAAGAGGUUUUGUGCCAGAAAGAGAACUCUUCUAGAGAAGGCCAAAGAAAUACACAUCAUGUGUGGAUCUACGGUCAAGUUUGAUCUGAAGGCCGAGAGUGGAAGACAAUACACCUACCAUUCCCACCCAGUUGCACAGAGACAUGUCAAGCUCCAAGCAGAUCUCAACAGCACUGUUGAAGUUGAGCAAGUGAGUACUGGUACUACUACUGUUAAAGGACAAAACACAGACAUACCAGAAAUCGAGAUCUAUGAAAAUGAAGUUAUACCUAUAAAGCAGAAAUACACAAUUGCCUGA